AAGCUCUUUCACAAUGUGCUUAUAGAAUAUUGCUGUGUUCUCUCGCUCUCUCUCUCUCUCUCUCUCUCUCUGUGAGGCAGGCAGCGCAGCAGAGCGGUGAACUCAGCGUGUUCUCACAUCUGUAUUGGGCAGGCUGGUGAGUGUGUGAGAGAGCACUGAGCAGGGAUGAGCACCAGACAGUGAGGAAGAGAACGACAGAGGAGUAAAAAAAAAGGAGUGCAGCUGGAGUCGGAUGCUGUGGUGAACGAGAGCUGGCAUACCUCUCUCUCUCCCUCCAUCUCUCUCAGUCUGUCUCCCCCACUCCCAUGCUGUUGUGAUAGACAGCACGGCACUCUCGGCUUGGCUGCAUGGAGGCACAGGGAGGGGCAGGGAGCCCAGAGCCCAAUAAAGACAUCCAGAAGUUGCUGAAGCCCUCCAGCUCAGGGGACCUUUCCAAGGAGUUGUACCAUCACCCAGUGGGGGAAGAGGAGGGAGGGCUCCCAGGACACACUGCUGGCCUGCUGCACGUCACCGAGAGGAGACGUGAGUACCGGGAGCCUCUGAGCAGUGUGUCCUCCCUGGAGGUGCACUUUGACCUCCUGGACCUGACAGAGCUAACCGACAUGUCUGACCAGGAGCUGGCUGAGGUGUUCGCUGACUCUGAUGAGGAGAACCACAACGAGUCCCCAGCAGGCCACCACCAGCCACCCUUGCCCAGAGGAGGUUACAUGCGCUCCCCAUCGUGGACCCGUUGCAGCAAGGCUGAGCCCCCCAGGGAGAGGAAGCACCACAGCGACUCCGACACCACCGCAGGGCCCUUAAUGAAGCUGGAGAGGCCUAAGCAGCCCUGAGAGCCUGUGGGUCUUGGAAAGAGAGAGGCCCAGAGCGGAAACACCGGGAACGGACACCGAGACCACACCAACUUCCCCAACCCCUGGUCCGGGCACUGAGACAACCAUGUUGCUGAAGACACUACAGACAGACUGAGCUCUCAACGCUGUGCACUGUAUUAUAAACUUAACAUAAAACCAUGUCUGUGAGUGAAAUACACACACACACACAUGCAAACACACACAAAAUGACACACGGAUAUCUGCAAAAUCACACACACGUACACACAUGCUAUUUAUUGUGUUUUCCAUGCAAGGGGUUCCUCUGGCAUAAACACUGGAGGGCCAGUGUGAUUUUUGAGGCUUUGUUUGGGAUGAACAACAGGGUAUAAGGCUGUCCCAGUGUGGGGAGAAUGCUUGGUUAAAAGCCUCCCCAUCCCUGCAGCAUCUUAGGGGUGGAAGAGUAGGCUUGGAGGGGUGGGACGGACCCUGAAAACCUUGGCUACAAAAUAUCAUGUGGCAAAGUUAACGGGAAUACCCACUCCAGUCAAAUAAAUGACUGGAAUAUGGACCUCAUUAUGCGAUAGUACAGCAGGCAAUAUGGAAGUCUUCUUUUUAAUUAGAAUAAGAGUCCAACCUGAAUCUAUUGCACAAUGUUCUUCCUUAAAGUGCCAGGGCCAUCUGCUCUCUGAAUGACUUUCUGCAGGCUUUCUGUAGGUUGUAACUAACAGGAGGCAAUGGGCAGUGUUUCAGUGGGGCCACUCUCCAUCUGCUCUCUGAAUGACUUUCUGCAGGCUUUCUGUAGGUUGUAACUAACAGGAGGCAAUGGGAAGUGUUUCAGUGGGGCCACUCUCCAUCUGCUCUCUGAAUGACUUUCUGCAGGCUUUCUGUAGGUUGUAACUAACAGGAGGCAAUGGGCAGUGUUUCAGUGGGGCCACUCUCCAUCUGCUCUCUGAAUGACUUUCUGCAGGCUUUCUGUAGGUUGUAACUAACAGGAGGCAAUGGGCAGUGUUUCAGUGGGGCCACUCUCCAUCUGCUCUCUGAAUGACUUUCUGCAGGCUUUCUGUAGGUUGUAACUAACAGGAGGCAAUGGGCAGUGUUUCAGUGGGGCCACUCUCCAUCUGCUCUCUGAAUGACUUUCUGCAGGCUUUCUGUAGGUUGUAACUAACAGGAGGCAAUGGGCAGUGUUUCAGUGGGGCCACUCUCCAUCUGCUCUCUGAAUGACUUUCUGCAGGCUUUCUGUAGGUUGUAACUAACAGGAGGCAAUGGGCAGUGUUUCAGUGGGGCCACUCUCCAUCUGCUCUCUGAAUGACUUUCUUCAGGCUUUCUGUAGGUUGUAACUAACAGGAGGCAAUGGGCAGUGUUUCAGUGGGGCCACUCUCCAUCUGCUCUCUGAAUGACUUUCUUCAGGCUUUCUGUAGGUUGUAACUAACAGGAGGCAAUGGGCAGUGUUUCAGUGGGGCCACUCUCCAUCGCUCUCUGAAUGACAUUCUGUAGGUUGUAACUAACAGGAGGCAAUGGGCAGUGUUUCAGUGGGGCCACUCUCCAUCGCUCUCUGAAUGACUUUCUGUAGGUUGUAACUAACAGGAGGCAAUGGGCAGUGUUUCAGUGGGGCCACUCUCCAUCGCUCUCUGAAUGACUUUCUGUAGGUUGUAACUAACAGGAGGCAAUGGGCAGUGUUUCAGUGGGGCCACUCUCCAUCGCUCUCUUUUCUUCCCAUCCUCUCCCUUCUACCUCUCUCUACCUGAGAGGAAACCGGUGUGGCCACAGUAAACUAAAUGUAUUUGCAGAUAUGAUAUGAUGUACGACAGCAGUCCUUCUCACCAACAUUACAUUCAACACUGUGAAUCUUGUCCUUUGCCAAACCAAGUGAUGUGGGGAUGAGUGGUGAAAAAAAUAAAGAAUUUCUUGCAAACAAA